AUGGAGGCCAAAGCAUUUUGUAGCAGCGUGAGAGGUGCGCCAUUGAGAGGCAGAAGAGAGAAUUAUGCUUCUUCUUUCUCACCCCUCCUCAUCCAAUCCAUGGCUACCCAGAAGCCCAUUCCUUCUGUCAACAAAACAGUUAGCUCCAAGAAGAAUUCAACUAAAUCACCAGUUAAGCUACUAACAAGGGUGGAGCAACUGAAGCUACUGACCAAAGCAGAGAAAGCCGGCCUGCUAUCGGCGGCAGAGAAGUCCGGGCUCUCGCUGUCGAGCAUAGAGAAACUGGGUCUGCUCUCCAAGGCGGAGGAAUUCGGAGUUCUAUCGGCAGCCACUGACCCGGGAACUCCGGGGGCAUUGUUCACUCUGAGCUUAGUAUUGCUGCUUUUGGGGCCAUUUGUAGUCUAUCUUGUGCCUGAGGAUUAUCCUUUGGAGAUAGGGGUACAAGCUUUUGUUGCUUUGCUUUCAGUGGUGGGUGGUUCUGCAGCUUUUGCUGCUUCAAAUUUUGUAUCCAACUUGCAGAAGUCAAAUUGA